AUGCCUUCCAUGGCGAGCUCCAUCCACCCCGACUUCCGCGACGAUGUCACCUCAGCGGAAGCCCACGCAGUGGACCGGGAAACAGAACGUCUAAUCCAUCAACAAAUGGCUGCGGACAACGCAAGUGGCCGUGAAAGAUACAUUCAACUCGCAAAAGAGAUGUUGAGAAUCCGAUUGCGCGCCUACAAACCCGAGUCACCACCCAUUGGCGGUGCAUGGUGCCUGAUCGGAUCGGCACAUCUCAAAGCUUCUCAGCUGCAGGAGGCAAAAGAAGCCACUGAGAAGAGUCUUGAGAUAUACGCCAAAGGCGACGAUAAGGAUGCCGCGGCAUUGGCGAGGGAGCAGUUGGCUUUGAUCUUUGAAGGCUUGGGCCAGAUCUCCGAUGCUAAGAACAUUCGACUGCAAGGUACGAGUGACGGAACGAUGGUGUGCUCGAGUCCACGGGCUUGA